AUAUUUUAAAACUAUAAUCCCUGGAGAAUAUUUCACUAUAAAAAUAAAUAAUCCACCCAAAUUGGCACCCAGAAUUGCCUCAAUCCAGGGUAAUCCUGAGAUGCCGUCACAAGACUCAUAAAAUCAGAUAUUUACUCUACAAAUAUAAUUACAACUGGUAGGGGAAGUGACGAACCACUAAACUGUUUGUUUUCACCUUCUGAUAAAAAAUUUUUAUUUUCCACGUCAACACGAUCAUUCGAUCCCGACAUUGUCACGGAGCUAUCACAGACAAGGACUGGCCCAGUCGUCAAGAAAUCCUCAAUUCGCAUGAGUUCAUCGUAGGAAAACUGAAUAUCAAUUCAUCAAUUGGCUUGUCUAGUUGUUAGUACAGAACAAAAAUGUGGAGAGUGAAUUUCCUGGUGUUACUGGGAGCUACUGCAGUAUUAUCAGGACAAGAACUUCAACAAGUUCAUAUUGUUUUUUCGCAUAAAUUUUACGCACCCGUGGAGACAACCAAUGGAACGAUUUUCCCAGGACUUCUGGAUUUUCGACACUUCCUGGAGCAAACGUUUGAUAUGAAUAAUAAAGCCAAAUUGGAUUUGUACAGCCUGGGAGUUGUAAUCCGUCAAAUCUAUGAUUCUUUCUUGGGGGAUAUCUAUCAUCCUGAUUUCAUGAGCAUGAGGACGAGUGAAUAUGCGUUGUCCAUGAUAUCUGGACAGCUUGUCAACGCUGGAUUAUGGCCCCCAGCCCCUGAACAAAAAUGGAAAGAAGAUCUCGACUGGCAGCCGGUCCCCACAGAUUUUGUACCUGCAGAUGAGGAUACGUUAUUGAUGGGAUAUUUUUGUCCAACAUUCAAAGCUGAAGAACAGAAAGUCAAUGGAAAUUUUUCAUCAAUCGUGGAAGAGCACAAAUCUUUAUUCGAGUUCUUGACUAUUCAUUAUGGAAAGAAAAUAGAAACACCCUGGGAUGUCGCCAUGCUGUACUCCUGCCUCGAGACAAUUGCAGCCCAGAACGUGAGUCUUCCUGCCUGGGCCAAUCACAUUUUCCCUCAGGGUGAGAUGAAAAACGUAUCCCUGAAGGCGUAUGAAACCCUCUCUAAGACUCGUCUUCAGAGGACAUUGAACGGGGGUUCUCUGCUGAAGAAGAUCCUGAGAGAUGCAGUGGCGCACGAAGAUGCCCAAGGAAAUUCGAAACUGAAACUAGUACUGUACAGUGGAGAAGACAGAACAGUCAUGGGUUUGCUGGAGAAUCUGGGGGCCUGGACACCGCAUAUUGUGAAACAAGGAGCAUCAAUUAUUUUCGAAGUUUACAGAGAAUCGAAUAGUCUCGAUUAUUCAAUCCAGAUGUUCUAUCUUCCUGAGCCCCGGUCCAAGGUGGAUCCCAUCAGGCUGAAUAAUUGUGGGGAGUACUGUCCAUUGACUAAAUUCAGCAGCAUCCUGGAGGAUAUACUUCCUGUCGACGAAAAAUCCAUCUGCCAGCAUAUACCCUCGUCGGAUGACCCGAAAGAAUCACCAGGACACGAUAAAUCAGAUUCGAGAUUAUUCUUGAUUAGUCUUCCUGUGUUGCUACUAGGCCUUAGUUUCACUCGAAUUGGAUAAUUAUACGGUCUUUCCUCGUUUUUUCGCAUGAUUGAGAAAGAAAACCUGGAGAUAAAUCACUCACGACUUAUCUCGAUCAAAAAAUCUUUGUUAUUCCAAUGCAAAAAAUAAGAAUCCAGGAAAUUCUCUGGUAUUCAACGUUUACUCAUAAUAACGAAAAUUUAUCAAUUUAUUACAACAAUCGGUUGUAACAACGUGAACGGACAACAGUCAUUCGUCAUUAUGUAAUAGAAUAAUUGACAUUAAAUUAACUUAAUCAGUA